AUAUAAUAGUAAAAUUAGAAUUAAUGACUAAUUACAUGGAUCCUGAAGAAGAUUAAGAAAUUAUUGAUUCCAUUCUGAAUGCUCUUGAAAGUGAUGAAGAGAGAUCGUUUUCACCAUCAAUGACAAGAUCUGAAACCAACAGGACUUAUUCUCCUUAAAUAAUGCGAUAGUAACAAUAUUCAAUAAAGAAAAUUUAAAGUCCAAUUAUUGGAUUUAAACUAGACUGUUGGGCAAUACAACCAUUUUCAUUGGAUGAAGAUUCUUACCUUGAUGGAGAUUUAAUUCUUAAAUGCAAAGACCAAUAAAAUAGCAGAAAAAUCUAGAGCCUCUUUGAAAAAGGAGAUGACGAAUAAAAAGAAUAUAUAUUUUUUUAAAUAUUACCAGGUAUAGUCUAAUUGGCCAAUGAUAUCUUUGGGAAUUAUGUUGUACAAAGAAUUUUAGAAUAAGGCAAUGAAAAACAAAGAUAGUUAAUCUUUGAUCAACUAGCUUAAUCUAUUUUAUUAUUAAGUUACAAUACUUAUGGAUGUAGAGUGGCUCAGAAAUUAUUAGAAAUUUCUUAUAAUACUGAUAAAUUCGAAUAGAUGUUUUCUAUUCUUUAAUCCUAAAUAAGAAAUCUUGUUGUAGAUAUCAACGGAAAUCAUGUUAUAUAAAAAAUAGCAGAAUUGAUGAAAUCAUAGAAAAUCGAUUGGCUUAUUGAAGGAGUUCUAGGGUAGAUUUAAAAGCUGUCUAAUGACUCUCAUGGUUGCAGAUUGAUUUAAUAAAUUUUAGAAUAGUCAGCUACUCCAUAGCAUAUAUAAAGAAUUAUUAGAUUUAUAGGAUGA